AUGGCCACGAUUGAAGAGCAGGUGAAGCUGUACUACGAUGACCUUGACCUAUGGUCGUCGUUCUCGUUCAGCAACAACGGCCAAGCUUUCCGCGAGAUGCUGAUGAGAGACGGAUGCUUCCUACUAGUCACCCUGGGGGUGCUCGCACAAGAGCCGGAGCUUGAUAUAGACCUGGGAGAAGAAGCAGUUGGAGCUGACGGACCAUUACCUGUCAUGACAACCCACAGCAAGUGGGAUCACCAGUUCUGGUUCGAUGACAUCGUUCUCUCCGGGAACCAGCUCCCGUUCGCCGUGGUGCAAGAAAUCUACCGUCUCAUUAGACCUGGAACCGACCGGCAGGUUCCCCUUCAGAACAUCGGCAUGUUCAUCCAGCCCAAGCUGGCGCCACGGUACACGAGGAGGCCGGUGAGCAACCCGGUGAACGCCGACCACGUCCUCCACCUCUGCCAUGAGCUGCUCAAGCCAACGGUGACGACGGUGAGCCCUCGGGCAAGCGAGGCAUCAUACACGGACGACCGGCAAGAAGAUGGCGGCGUGGGCAGGUGGCGAAGGGCGACGGAGUACAGCUCUCUGAUGGUGACCUUCAGGGAGAGGGAUCUCGUCGGCGGCGACGCGCAGUGCGUCACGGACGUCAGGGUCCGCGGCGACCGCGUGGUGGAGAUACCCAAGCUGGAGCUGGACCUGCCGACCUGGCGGCUGCUGCGACACCUGAUGCUGCUGGAGCAGAUGAACGAGCACCUCGGCGACCAUGUGACCGCCUACUGCACCUUCAUGUCGCAGAUCGCGUCGACCAGCGCGGAUGUCAGCCUGCUCAGGGAGAAGGGGAUCCUGGAGCACUGGGAGGCCAGCGACGAGAGGGCGGCCCAGAAGCUGGGCAAGCUCUGCGAUCAAAUGCAUUUCAACCCGGACGAGGGCAACUAUCUCGAGGCAGAAUGGCGUGCGCUCGACAGGCACUGCAGGAGAUCGCGGUCGCGUCUGUGGGCGAAGCUGUGCCGCUACAAGGAUUGGAAGAACCCGUUGGUGCUGCUGGGCAUCCUCGUUGCUAUUGUCAUACUUGUGUGCGCGAUACUUCAAACGAUCUACGCCAUCUCGUCCUACGACAGGGAUAAGAUGACCCAGCCGUCCAGACUGCACAUCCCUUAA